AUGGCAGAACACAUUUCUGAUCCUACUGGCCUGCGAAGGAGCACAGGCUAUAUGCCACUCAGNAUUGAGCAAUAUGGGUUGAUAGGAAAUAUGCACACCAGUGCCCUAGUGGCCNNCGACUUUGAUUCUCCCUCUGUUUUCUGCCGCAUGCUGGACAAAAACAAGGGCGGUCACUUUAAUAUCGGCCCUCCUCCUGGUCUUAAGAUCACAACCAAGCAGCAAUAUCUGCCCAGCAACAACAUCCUCUCAACCAGAUAUCUGCACGACGAUGGUGUUUUGACUUUGACGGACUUCUUNCCCCGUCCGCUAAGAACAGACAAGCUGGGUCCUUCUGUUGGAAGAGGUAGCACUAUCGAUCCUCGCAGCGAACUCAAGAAGUGGCUGGUCCGCAGGGUUGAAUGUAUCAGAGGUGCCACUGAUGUCGACGUCGAGGUGUUUCCUGCUUUCAACUAUGCUCAGGAUUCUCACACUACCGAGAUCGUCGAGUCCGACGAUGAAGCACAGCGAGUAGUGCACUUUCGCUCCGAGAAGCUGUCUUUGGAGCUUGUGGCUACCAUUGACUGUGGCGAUGAUGCCCCUUGUCCAGAGCUUACCUUUUCCAAGAAACAGAUUGAAGGCUGUUCUCUAGGCGAGGGCGUGACUGCAACCAUCAAACUCCAGGAAGGCCAAUCUGUCUCCUUCGUAUUGAGAGAUCUUCAAGAGAGCAACAAGGAAUCCAUCUCUACUGCCCUCCUAGACCAGAUCCAACAGGACACUUCAACAUACUGGUUCAACUGGAUCUCGAAAUCAAAGUACAAGGGACGCUGGAGAGAGGUCGUUAGCAGAAGUCUGAUGAUUUUGAAGAUGCUCACCUUCGAACCCACCGGAGCCAUCAUCGCGGCGCCUACCUUCUCCCUUCCCGAAGACUUUGGCGGCGGCAGAAACUGGGACUACAGAUUCUCCUGGGUCAGGGAUUCGUCCUUUACAACCUAUAUUCUGCUGCGCAUGGGCUUCACCGAAGAAGCAGAAGCAUACAUGAAUUUCCUCUCUGCUCGCCUCAUCGACUCCCGCAAACCUGAUGGUGGUCUACCUAUCAUGUUCUCCAUCCGUGGCAGCACCGACUUGCCCGAGAUUGAACUCUCGCACUUGUCUGGAUAUCUAGACAGCAAACCCGUACGCAUCGGCAACGGCGCAGCUUUUCACAAGCAACUAGACAUUUACGGAGAAAUGAUGGACUCCAUCUACCUCUACAACAAGUACGGCAAACCCGUGAGCUACGACCUCUGGGUCGCAGUCCGCAAACUCACAGACUAUGUUUGCGGCAUCUGGAAAGAGACAGACAUGUCAAUCUGGGAAGUCAGAUCCGCACCCAUGAACUACACAUACUCAAAGAUAAUGCUCUGGGUAGCCAUCGACAGAGCAGUGAGACUAGCAGACAAACGCUGUUUCCCCUGUCCAAACAGGAUGAAAUGGCUCGAAGCCCGCGAUGCAAUCUACGACGACGUCAUGGAAAAAGGAUACAACCACGACAUGAAAUGCUUCAUCCAAAGCUAUGAGAGCAAUGAAGUCUUGGACUCUGCAGUCCUAAUCGCACCUCUGGUCUUCUUCAUCGCACCAAAUGACCCCCGCUUCACAUCCACCCUCGAGCAAAUCCUCCUCGCCCCCGAAAAAGGCGGUCUCACCUCCACCGGCCUGGUCUACCGCUACAACACUCUAAAAUCCGACGAUGGCGUCGGAGGCCGCGAAGGCGCAUUUUCUAUGUGCACGUUUUGGCUCGUGGAAGCACUCACCCGUGCCGGCGCCUAUGACAAAAAAUACUUGAUCAAGGCCAUCAACAUUUUUGAAAACAUGUUGAGUUUUUCCAAUCAUUUGAACAUGUUUUCCGAGGAGAUUGCGAGGAGUGGAGAGCAGCUUGGGAAUACUCCUCAGGCGUUUUCGCAUUUGGCGCUGGUUAGUGCUGCGUUCAAUCUUGAUCGCGUGACUCAGGGGAGUGGUGGUAUGUAG